AUGAACGCACAACGAGUUGGCCUCCGGGCCCUACGGCAAGCCGCCGUCAAGAAGCCUAAUGCCCUUUUCUUCGAGAACCUCCCUCGCCUUGCCCUGGGUACGAAUGCUGCAAGCCUACAGACCAGAAGCGCAUCAACCCAAAAGCUUUCCGAGACCGACGCUCAAUCCCUACUCGCGGCACAACGACGCCAGCGCCCUGUAUCUCCUCACCUAGCAGCCUAUGACUAUAAACAGACGUGGUUUGGUGCCUCAAUCUGGACGCGUAUCACCGGGCAAUCUCUUAGCGUGUCCUUCUACGCCUUCUCGCUAGCCUACUUAGUUGCUCCUCUGACCGGUUGGCACAUCGAAUCCGCUACACUAGCCUCAGCGGCCGCCUCUCUUUCCCCCGCUGUCCUUGCCGGCCUCAAGACCAUUGCCGCCUGGCCCUUCUUCUUCCACUUCGCAAACGGUUUCCGUCAUCUCACCUGGGACAUGACCUACGGCUUUAAGAAGGCAACUAUCCAGCAGACCAGCUAUACGGUCUUGGGUGCUAGCUUAGUCGCUACCCUAGGUGCUGUUUUCCUACUAUGA